UCUCUUCCAUCGCUCCGAUUCACGGAUAUAGCAACAAUGGCUCACGACGCUGUCUGGAACUCGCACCCCAAGAAGUACGGCAAGGGCUCUCGCCAAUGCCGCGUCUGCUCUCACCGCGCCGGUCUGAUCCGCAAGUACGGCCUCGACAUCUGCCGUCAGUGCUUCCGUGAGAAGGCCAGCGACAUUGGCUUCAUCAAGUACCGCUAAAUGUAUUUGAUCAUGCGAUGAGCGCGCAAGGAUCAAGGAAAAUAUACAUUUGCCGCAUUUGGCCCCAAAGCCUUGGCUGCCUCUGUUUUGCCCAGAGCGGUUCGCAUGCGUGAUCUGUGUCUUUCUUGAACGGCCUGUGAAUACAACGUAUCCAAAACGAA